GUUCAGUAAAUAUAUAUAUAUAUACAUACAUAAAGUAUGGCAAACAAUAUUAAUGGAGUUGUACCGUGGAGUGCUAUUUUAGUGUUUUGGUGUGUAUUUGUUAAUGGUGUUAAAGGGGAAGCCAAGGAUGACAAUAAAUUGUUGUCCUUAUCUUGUAAUUUUGAUUAUAAAGAUGCACUUGCCAAAGCCAUUUUAUUCUUUGAAGGACAACGCUCCGGUAAGUUGCCAGCCGACCAGCGAGUCAAGUGGAGGGGAAACUCUGCACUCUAUGAUGGCAAGCCUGAAAAUGUGAAUUUGGUAGGAGGAUAUUAUGAUGCAGGAGACAAUGUGAAAUUUGGUUGGCCUAUGGCAUUUACAGUGAGCUUGUUAAGCUGGGCUGCUCUUGAAUACCAAAACGACAUAUCUUCGGCUAAUCAGCUAGAAUUCCUCCACAAAGCAAUCCGCUGGGGCACUGACUUCAUUCUAUCAGCUCACUCUUCUCCCACCACAUUCUAUACUCAGGUAGGAGAUGGAAAUGCAGAUCAUGAAUGUUGGGAGCGUCCGGAAGAUAUGGACACGCCACGAACACUCUACAAAAUAACUUGUGAUUGUCCUGGAACGGAGGCUGCGGCUGAGGCCUCGGCUGCUCUAUCUGCUGCUUCUCUUGCGUUUAAAGGGGUUGAUUAUGACUACUCUGCAAGCCUACUAAGCAACUCGCACUCGCUGUUCGAGCUUGCAGACAAUUAUAGAGGAUCUUUCAAAGCUUCUUGUCCUUUCUACUGCUCAUACUCUGGCUAUCAGGACGAGUUGUUAUGGGCUGCGGCUUGGCUGUAUAAAGCAAGUGGAAAUUACAAGUAUUUGACUUAUGUCUCAAGUAACCAAGGGUGGAGUCAGGCAGUGACUGAGUUCAGCUGGGAUAACAAAUUUGUUGGAGCUCAGACAUUACUUUUGAAGGAAUUUUAUAAAGGAAACAAGAAUUUAAACAGAUAUAAAAUUGAUAUUGAGUCGUUUAUAUGUGCGGUGAUGCCAGGAAGCAGCACCUCCCAGAUUAAAACAACCCCAGGUGGACUUCUUUAUUAUAGAGACAAUAACAAUUUGCAGUAUGUCACAAGCUCUGCUAUGGUGCUAUUUAUAUACUCCAACACCUUAAAUGCAGCUCAUGUUGAUGGAGUUAAAUGUGGCUCUGCUCAUUUCUCUGCCUCUCACAUUAUGGCCUUUGCAAAAUCACAGGUGGAUUAUAUACUAGGAAAGAAUCCAAUGAAAAUUUCAUACAUGGUGGGGUUUGGGGAUAGAUACCCUAUGCAGUUGCACCACAGAGGUUCAUCAAUUCCUUCAAAAAAAGCUCACCCAUCUAAGAUUGGAUGCAAUGAAGGAUAUUCAAGCUACUUUUCUUCAUCAAAACCAAAUCCAAAUAUUCAUAUAGGUGCUCUUGUUGGGGGUCCCAAUUCUGAUGACCGGUUCAAUGACGUCAGAUCCGACUAUUCGCACUCCGAACCGACCACCUAUAUGAAUGCGGCUUUUGUUGGUUCCGUCGCCGCUUUAUUAAUGACUCCAGCCAAAGAGUCUGCCACGUUGCAAUUGCAUAUCAAUUCCACUACCACGCUUCCUCUUUUCUGACGCCAAAUCUAAUUAUCGCGACGAAAAUUAGGAUUUUACCUUGUGCCGCUAAAAGACUUUUUUUUUUUUUUAAUUUUUCUGAAAGUGAUAAUUAUUAACUAUAAUCAACUGGUGCAGAACUCACCUAAAAUAUGUAGCAUAUAUAUAUAUAUAUACGGUCUCUAAGACUCUGUCUUAAUAUGUGUAAUAAUAAUAUAAAAAAACCCUUAAGAUGUGUAAUAUAUUGAUCAAAUAAUUAUGCUAGAACAGUCAAUUAAGUUUUCUAAAAUUCAGAGAAAUUUG